UAAGCUGCCUGGGAGCAGCCCCACAAGCGGCAGCCUGGGGCUGCAGGGCCUUCAACCUCCCCCAACCUGCCCCCCAGUGUCCCCCCCAUCCGCUGUGACUCUCCUGCCAGCACCGCCCCCUCCUCUCCUUCUGUAGGGCCCCAGCAGCCCCUUCAAGCCCCCCCAACCAGCCCCCCAGUGUCCCCCCAUCUGUUGUGACCCUCUCGCCAGCCCCACCCCCAUCUGUGGGGAUCCCUCAGCCCCCAGCAUCCCCUCCCCCAUCGUGUACACUCUACCUGGCCUCUCCCUUCGCUCCGACCUCCUCCUCCCCCUCCGUCCUCAGCACCCCGACACUGACCUCCUCCUCUCGCCCCACCCCUGACAUCCUCCUUCCCGUUCUCAGCACCCCACCACCCCUUCCUCCUCCUCCCCCCCAACCCCGUCCUCAGCGCCCCACCCCUAAUUGCCUCCAACCCAUUUUUCAUUGCUGGAACCCACUUUCCCAUCCCCCCACUCCCUCAGUCCAUCCCCAGGGUGUGAGGUUCCUCAUCUUCAAUCUCUGCUACACCCAAACCUGCCAGGUUCCCCUUUUCAACAACUGUGGGGUCAUCCAACCCACCGACACCCAUCCACUCUGGGCUCUCUAAAUCCCACAUUCCCACAAUGCACGUUGGUAACCCCACCCUCCUCUAUCCCUAAUCCCCCUAUUCCCUUCCCUGGGGUCCUCCUGGACACCCCAACCCACAGUCAGGCCCCCACAUACAUCCCAGUCACUCACAUGCUGAGCUACUUCUUCAGAGACCCCCACAGCCCGGCAAACUUCUCCAUCCAUGAGCCCUAUGGACCUGUGGCCAGGAAGCUCCCACUUUGGCUGGGCAGGGUGUGGGUGUUAAUCUUUUCCUGUCUUGUGUGUGCUGUGCUCACAAAGGCUUUUUGCUCCCUCGGGGUGAGGUGUGGUUUUGGCCGAAGAUGAGGUGUUUGGUAGCCCUGUGGAUGCUGUGUGGUGUCUGGAAUGGGGCGUGUGUGUUCCCAUCAUGCCCCUUCCCCUCUGCCUGCAGAGCUGAGGACAGACAGGUCUGAGGAGCAGAGCAGGAGCUCUGGGAAGGAGAAGAGCAAUAUGAAGAUGGAGUGUAAGAUGAGGCCAGGUAACUUCUGUGGAGGGAGACAUGCUGGACAGGGCCUAGGAUUGGGGAGACAAGCAGGUGUGAGCCCCGGGCUCAGAUUUCUAAUUGUAGCUGUGAUGGCAGAAUGGGAGGAGGGUUGAAGCUGAAGCCCUGGUGUGCGGGAGUAGUGAGAAGAGGAACCUCACCACCAUUGCUUUUUCUUUUCCUCUUGUGUUGUGUUUCAUACCAAGGGAAAAGAAGUCGCGGGGAUGGAGUCCAGCCCUGAGGUGAGAUGGAAAGUGAUCAAGAGCAGUGACAGCGUGAAUCCUGUUGAUGCCAGGCAAGAGCUGCCCAACUGGGACAAGAGUAACCAUCUCUGUCUGUGAGAUGUGUAUCUGGUUUGGGAAGGGCUCUGGUCACAGCCCUCCUGGCUCCAGGCAGGGACUUCCCGUUAUCUGGGUGUGGGUUUCCGGACUAUCUGUGGCUUCAAGGGAGAUGAUGUUGCCAUUUGCGAGGGCUGAUCAUCUCUCUUGCGAGGAGUGGUGUGUGCUCCCUAGCAGAAAGUUGGAUCCAUGAGGGUGACUCCCUGUUCUGAAUUUCUUUCUUCCUCCUAGGUUUCUCUCUCUGUGUUGGCCAACUUUCACUCAAACUCUCUCUGUCUCUCCUUUCAUGGACACCUGUCAUGUUCAGUUGCCUGCAUUCUCUUUCUCUGCUCCCCCUUCCCCAGUCUCCUAUGGACUCAGCUGGGUCUAUCUGCCCACGGGCAGGGUCUCUGCCAUACUGGGAAGGAUGUGUCCUGCCUGCCAGGAUAAGGGGGUUGCUCCUCCCACCCCCUAUCUUCAGGGAGACCUCAUUGCUGUAACUGGGUCACAGCGUGAGUGGCCAGUAAUGUCUUUGGGGCUAUGAGGUCUGAGACUGAGAAGGGUGGGCUCACGGUCAUGGCUUUGGGCAGAGGAGAAGUGGGGCUGGGAUUAGAGAUGCCCCUUAUCACCAGCUAGCUCCAUUACUGCAUCACCCAAAAGUCUUGCUCAGGGUCCAUUAUGCCUCCUUGUGCUGGGCACUGCAGGGACAGUCAGAGGGACAGCAGGAUGCAUGAGGAAAUAGAUGAGUGUGUGAGGCAGAUGGGUGAAGGGGUGUGUGUGACAUACAUUGGGGACGGAUGAGGGGUUGAGGGCUGGACGGACAGCGGGACAGAUGGAGAGCUGCAGGGACGGAUGGUGAUGUCACAGGCUGGACUUGUGAUGGGUUCAGCUCUUGGCCACUGGCUCUGUCAUCUCCUGCCCCCAUCUGCCCGUCUGACUCUGUCCCUGUCUCUCGCAGGCAGCACUCAGCAGAGUCUGGCCCUGUUGUUACACUGGUGCCUACAUCCAGCGCACACCUGUGCAUAAUGUGCUCCUGGAGAGCUCAGGCAGGGAGAAGCAUGUGGCUCAUGGCUGCUGAACCAGCUACUCCAAAGAGUGCCGCAGAUCUCCCCCUCCUUGGGCAGCAACACCCUGACCGGGGGGUUCCCUGUCCCUCCUCGCUGCCAAAGCAGCCUGCUCAGCGCAGAAACCGAGGUCACCUGCCUCCGCCCAGCCUCUAGCUGGAGCUACUUCAGCCCCGAAUUGCUGGUAUCCAGCCUGGCCGGAGUUGGUGCGAUGUCCUAGUGGAGUCCGUUCUUUCUCCCUGGUAGAUUAUGAUUUUCCCCACUGCAGUUAGUUGCUCUUUCUCUGCUUCCCCAUAGCCCCUCCCCAGUGAUAGUGACCCCUGCUGGCCAGGAACGGGAGUGUCCUGUAGGUGCCUUCUUGUAGGAGCAGUGACUCCUGGUGGCGAGGGGCAGCAAUGCCUGGCAUGUAUCCCCCCUGGCAUUGCUGCAGAGACCCCUGGUGGCAACUGAGGGCAGUUGCCUAUGUGACCCCACUACUGCCAUUGCGCCUGUGAGCGCUGGUGGGUAGGUGAGGCAGGGCCCUGUAUGUACAUCAGCCAUUGGGGCAGGGCCCUCUGUGUAUCCCACUCUCAUCUCGACUGUAAGCUGUCUAAACUCCUACCUGCCUCAUGGGGCCACAACCGUGGUACCCCCAACCCACCCAGCAAUGUCGUCAAUCUAUCCAACUACACACUCAGCCCAGAAGAAAAGCCUGUCCUAUCUCGGAGACUCUCUUUCUGCCCUGCCACCUCUACCAACAUGAUACAGUUCUGCAGCAAUCUGGAAGCCUACUUUCGCCGUCUCUGAUUCAAAGAAUACUUUCAGGACAACACUGAACAGCGCACUGAUACACAGAUACCCUCCCACCAACAGCACAAGAAGAAGAACUCCACAUGGACUCCUCCUGAGGGUCGAAAUGACAGUCUGGACCUAUACAUUGAAUGCUUCCGCUGACGUGCACAGGCAGAAAUUGUGGAAAAACAACAUUGCUUGCCUCAUAACGUCUGACUACCAAAAGGAGGCUGCCAGACAACUCUCCAACACCAAAUUCUACAGGCCACUUCCCUCAGAUCCCACUCAGGAAUACACUAAGAAACUGCAAAAUCUACCCAGGACACUCCCUACACUAACACCGGAACAAAUCAACAUACCCUUAGAGCCCCGACCAGGGUUAUUCUAUCUACUACCCAAGAUCCACAAACCCGGAAAUCCUGGAUGCCCCAUCAUCUCGGGCAUUGGCACUCUCACUGAAGGACUGUCUGGAUAUGUGGACUCUCUACUCAGACCCAAUGCCACCAGCACUCCCAGCUAUCUCUGUGACACCACUGAUUUCCUGAGGAAACUACAAUGCAUUGGUGACCUUCCAGAAAACACCCUCCUAGCCACCAUGGAUGUAGAGGCUCUCUACACGAACAUCCCACACACAGAUGAAAUACAAGCUGUCAGGAACAGAAUCCCUGAUGAUGGCGCAGCACAAUUGGCUGCUGAGCUCUGUGCCUUUAUCCUCACACACAACUAUUUCAAAUUUGAUGACAAUAUAUAUCUCCAGAUCAGUGGCACCGCUAUGGGCACCCGCAUGGCCCCACAAUAUGCCAAUAUUUUUAUGGCCGACCUGGAACAACGCUUCCUCAGCUCUCGUCCACUCACGCCCCCUUCUCUACCUACGCUACAUUGAUGACAUCUUCAUCAUCUGGACCCAUGGGAAGGAGUCUCUGGAUAAAUUCCACCACGAUUUCAACAGCUUCCACCCCACCAUCAGCCUCGGCCUGGACCAAUCUACACAGGAGGUCCACUUCCUAGACACCACGGUGCAAAUAAGUGAUGGUCACAUUACUACCACCCUAUACCGAAAACCUACCGACCGCUAUGCCUACCUUCAUGCCUCCAGCUUCCAUCCCGGACACAUCACACGAUCCAUUGUCUACAGCCAAGCACUGAGGUACAACCGCAUCUGCUCUAACCCCUCAGACAGAGACCAACACCUACAAAAUCUCCACCAAGCAUUCUCAAAACUACAAUACCUGCACGAGGAAAUAAGGAAACAGAUCAACAGAGCCAGACGUGUACCCAGAAGCCUCCUACUGCAAGACAAACCCAAGAAAGAAACCAACAGGUCUCCACUAGCCAUCACAUACAGUCCCCAGCUAAAACCUAUCCAACGCAUCAUCAGGGACUUGCGUGGCAGGCCGGUCCUCGCCCACAGGCAACCUGCCAACCUGAAACAUAUUCUCACCAGUAACUGCACACCGCACCAUAGUAACUCUAGCUCAAGAACCAAUCCAUGCAACAAACCUCGAUGCCAACUCUGCCCACAUAUCUACACCAGCGAUACCAUCACAGGACCUAACCAGAUCAGCCACACCAUCACCGGUUCAUUCACCUGCACGUCCACCAAUGUAAUAUACGCCAUCAUAUGGCAGCAAUGCCCCUCUGCUAUGUACAUCGGCCAAACUGGACAGUCGCUACGGAAAAAGAUAAACGGAGACAAAUCAGAUAUUAGGAAUGGCAAUAUACAAAAACCUGUAGGAGAACACUUCAACCUCCCUGGCCACACUAUAGCAGACCUUAAGGUGGCCAUCCUGCAGCAAAAAAACUUCAGGACCAGACUUCAAAGAGAAACUGCUGAGCUUCAGUUCAUCUGCAAAUUUGACACCAUCAGCUCAGGAUUAAACAAAGACUGUGAAUGGCUUGCCAACUACAAAACCAGUUUCUCCUCCCUUGGUUUUCACACCUCAACUGCUAGAGCAGGGCUUCAUCCUCCCUGAUUGAACUAACCUCAUUAUCUCUAGCUUGCCUGCAUAUAUAUACCUGCCCCUGGAAAUUUCCACUACAUGCAUCUGACGAAGUGGGUAUUCACCCAUGAAAGCUCAUGCUCCAAAACGUCUGUUAGUCUAUAAGGUGCCACAGGAUUCUUUGCUGCUUUUACAGAUCCAGACUAACACGGCUACCCCUCUGAUACUUUCAGGAUAUGUUUUGGUUCUGAGAGGUGAAAGGCUGCUCUGUGUGUGAUGUUAUGGAGUGACGUAGCAAAGGUUGAUUGCAGAGGUGAUGCAUGUGCCACAAAAGUUGUGGGGUCCCUCCCCUAGCUCUGGCCCCAGAGUCCAGAAUUUACAUAAACCCACCCGCUGACCUGUGACUAAGAAUCUGGUUGCAGAGGUAUUUCGUGUCCCACAGCUGACUUCCCACAGUCCAAUCUGCAAAAUUUUCUUGUUGUCUGAGGGGAAAGAAGCAUUUUCCCCAACUAUGGAGUUGUUUAAAACUUUCAGUGUGGAAAUGAGAUCAAAGCCCAGCAGCUUAUGUAUGUCUAAAAAUUGCAUUUAGUCAUUAAUCAUUUUUUAUCUGUGGUAUUGAUCCAAAUAUGAAUUAGAAUGAUAAAAAACUCUAUUUUUAAACUAGAGAGAUACAAAGGACAUAAAAUGUGCAUUUAAACAUUUCACAAGAAAAGCAUGCUGCUAAAUACAAAUAUUCCUUUUCAAUCUCUCUUAUUUCACUAUCCUUUGGAACCCAUGUCCCUUGCCUAACGAGAGUUAUGUAGGUUCGGAUGAGUCCCGAAAUCAUGAACUGCUAAGUUCCGUUCUACUGUCUUUGAUUCAUAUCACCAGAAUAACUGUACUUUAUUACCCCUGCCCUAAUAAGAAAGAGACCGGGGAUCCCACAGCAGCUGAAAUAACCCUUUGGACAUGCACCCCCAUCAUGCAAUGCGGGGUGGGUGUGAGCAUGCAUAUCAGCAACAAAAGGCCUUUACAACAGAUCACCAACAGAUGUCAGGGUAAAGUUCAUUCUCACCUUGCUUACAUCCUCCCCCUAGCCAAGAAUUGGUGGUCCUGAUAAAUCACACUCCCUGUUAUACCAACACAUUGGUAUUGAAUGCGAAGUUAUGGCUAGCAAAAGUAGCCACCCAUCUCUGCCUUGUAGCAUCCAGCUUAGCCCUUGUUAACACAUAAGUCAGUGGAUUGUUCUCUGUCCACACCUGAAACUGAGCACCACACAAGUAGUCUCGAAAUUUCUCAGUGAUGGCCCAUUUCAAGACCAAGAACUGCUGCUGGUGGUGGGAUAGCGAGUUUCGCUAUCAGACAGUCCUCAGCUGGCAAUGCCUACGGAUUUAGAUUUCCUUCCACUUCCUGGUACGGGACUGCUCCCAGACCCUCCAAACUGGCAUCAGCAUGCAGGAUAAACGGCUUGUUUGGGUUAACAAGGACUUGGACUGGCACAUGAAUCAGGCAAAUUAUUAUUUCCCGUAAAGCUCUGUCACUUCUCUCAUCCCACCAUGUCCCAAAUGGAGAAGAGAGGAGCCCCUCCCAUGUCCCAGUCCAGGAACACCAGAGUGUGGUGUGGUUGUGACUCAGUCCAGGUCUGCUAGUGCUGCAAAGGAGAAGGUUUCCUUCCUCAGUCCAGGUCAACUGGAAUUGUUGUUGCAGUGGGGAAAAGAUGUCUUUCAUCUGGUUCUUAGAUGCUUUGGUGAAAGGGGACAGGCAGAGGCUUUUUUCUUCCCUCUGCAGCUCAAAUUGCACACUUCUUCUCUGCUUUUUGCUCUAGCUUGACUUCUCUCUUGCAUCUCAAUUUUCUCUUUCCUGGCCUCAUUCCAGAGCAUUCACAGCCCAAUUCUCUAUCCUAACCCUGAGCUCUCUACUGCACCCUGAAUGUCUCAUUCUAACCCCACCCCACAGUCUGCACCCCCAGAGCCAGUGCCUUCAUCCCUCUGCAUUCCAACUCUCUGUCCCAUGUAGCCUGAUAUAGGGUGUACUAAUAAUAUUAAUUUGGAUAAUUUGAUGAAAAUUUAAUUGAUUAGCUUACAUGUUAUUUAAUUUAAUUGAGUUACAAAGUUACAUUUGCAUUACUGCUAUUCAAAAGAUACAUAUGGCAUUAUAUACAACAAAGUUUUGGUUAAUAUACUCACAGCCUUCCUUGAUAACCUGGUGGUAAGAGACACAGGACCAGCCUUGCAGUUCAGGUUUCUCAAUUCUUAAGUGAAAGAUGCUGUGCUUAGGGAAAGCUAGUGUUACUUAGGGUUUACUUGAAUAUGUUAAACUUAAAAUCAAAACCUAAUAAACAAAGACUAAAAACGUAGGGAAACCGAACUUAGCCUAGUUCCCUUGAAACUUAAAGUUUCAGAACAAGUACAGCCUACUGCUAGUACAUAGAGAGAGAGUGGAGGACGUAAGUCACAAUGAUAGAGCAAAGUGCUCUAGCGAGGUGACUUACCUCUUUUAUAGGGCACAAGGGCCGGAAAUCCUUCCUCCUAUGCCCAAAUUUCAUUCCUCACCCACAAAACAUUAGGGUACAUUUACUUCAUAGACUAGUAUGUUUGUGCUUGUUGAUGACAUGUACAUAUGCACAUAAGUUACCUUGUAGUGUACCUGUUAAAUCUGUGGGUACAACACUGAAUAAAACUCUAUGCCAUUCUCCAUUGUCGAUUGGUCUAAGUAAAGGUCUUGGACAGGCAUGGGUACUUAUCUAUUUAAGUAACAUGAGAAAGGUCGAUUUUCCUCUCUGAGUAAAAGGUCACAAUAUAGAUAUGCUAACUUUGCCUUAGCUUAACAUACAGGAUAUGGCCUCUAGGUUCUCGUAAGUCAUGUGUCUCAGUCUCCUAAUCAUUUUUAUUGCCCUCUUCUGGACUCUCUCCAGUUUGUCCACAUCCCUUCUCAUGUGGGUCCCAACCCCAAAAGUACUCACAUUUUACCCCAUUGACCCCAAAAUGCCAGCUUUUAAUAUGUAAAUAGGGUGCUGCCAUGGUCAAGUCACUCCCGAGCUCUCCAGCGGAGCCUGCUGGCACAGAACAAGGUGAAAAUUAGCCAGGAUGUCACUCAGUCAAAUCCCUGUGCUCCCCGCAGGUGAUAUCGGAAGGCUCCAAGAUGGAUCAUUUCCCUUUCUCUCAUCAGCUUCAGGCCCCAGGGUUACAAAUGCACAAACCAGUUGGGAUUCUCCCCUGGCCUCAGGGUGUGGGGCUGCUCUGAGGGGAUGGACUUGCACACUUGUGAUAUUAGUGCAAAGAUACAAUUUCAAUUUCUCUUAGAGAAAUUGGAGGGCAAUUUAUAUUUGGUACAAAUCUUAUUUAGUGAAAGGAAAGCUGCAGUGACAGCCUGGUUACUGGGGUGCAAAACACCUUCCUCCUGGGAGAAACAAGA